GGAAACCUUACUGAUCUCAAAUAAUAAAAAUGUAUUCCGUACAAAUUACCCGGGACGUCUCAUUGACUCUAGACCCUCUGAUAGAUUUCGAAGCGGGGGACUUGUCCGCCGUAGCUGCCAAGAGCGCAUUCGAGGCCAACAUAAGCCCAGGAACUUUGGGAGAGUUGGCAUUCGUCCUGCGAGAGAGUCCUUACGACCCGGACGACCAUAGGCUGCUGCAUCGAUUGCCGCCCCCCGUCGACCCGGUCACCUUGGUGCCCGACGACGACGGCGGUGGUCUGGCGCCGUCGCGUUGGACGGGCGGCUACGUUUACCUAAUAAAUCCUCUCACCGGCGAGUACCUGUGCUCGCUGGAUUACUUUUACCGAACUAGGACCUUACGCAGAUUCGACGACGCGGACAGAUUCUCGUCUUCCGCGGCCACCAGGUUCAGGCAUCCCGACGAUGCGGUCAACAACGCGAUGCUGUGGAAUAAAUUUGUCGCCGCCAAGCAGCAGGGGUGCGCUCGCACUCUGGACGAUUUGGCCGACUACGCCGCGGCUGUCGGCAAUAAGUUGCUGAGCGUCUACCCGAGUCCCGAGGAAGGACGUGACUACGGGCUGUGGGUGACGAGAAUCUUGGUCGGGGACCGCUUCUCUGAACGCCAACUCUGGAGUGCCUUGGUAGACGACGACGACGACUCGUGUCCGGAAAUUGUUCACCAAGCCGCCUGCUUAUUGUACGGACCGACCGUGUACUGCCUCUAUUCACCUCUAAACGAAGCGACGAACGGUAAAGAAGUCCCGGUGGCAAAUUAUCCAUUCGAUCAGAACGAAGUCUUUAGGCUCCUGGCGCCGCUCUUCAAAACGCCUAAAGUCUACGCUCCGACGUUUUACGAUUUCACCACAGAUGCCGCCGGACCGCUCCUCGGCAUUCUAGAAGCAUUCAGACUCGUCGCCGACUUUUGGCUUUCGCUCUUGUUCACCGACCCCGUCACAGUCAAAGCUGCUCAAAGCCUAGCGAUAACCGAAAAGUUGACGGUGACGAGCGAUUUCAACAACAACGUCUUCACCGAGGAGGGUGGAAACGUCAAGGUCAUAAAGAGGAAAGGCGGCGACUUGGCUCUGUCGUAUCUAUUGACGAAACCGCUCGGCAAACUCCAAUCGGCGGGAGAUUGGGAAGCCGUCUUUACGCUGGCCGGGGUCCCUACCUGCAGUAUGUCACAGCGGCUCGUCACGGCGUGUAGAACGAGCUACGCGUACGGAAACGACACUCUUUCGCGGUUCGGCAACAACUUUUUCGCUAUCACUCGGGGCAUGCGGAAGAGGGCGGCGUACGUCACGCGAGCAUGCGAGUCCUGCGACUGGUUAGAUUUUGCCCUAGAGACGUGCUGUAACGACGGAGCCUGGCUCUACUCCGACGACGGCUCUUUGAAAGAGUCGACCGCCGCGAACCUCGACGCCAACUCGAAUCGCGUACCGCUGUUCUCGAAUCGAACCUACGACGACGAUUUCAAAGCGGCGGUAGUAGUUCCGGUGAUUAAACACGCGUACCAAAGGCUCCGUAGCAUGUUGCUAAGCCCCGGAGUUUGGGGUAAGAUAUUAGUCCCUAACGUAGGGUUCGUGGGCGCGGCGCGAACGGAUUGUUCCAUAGGUCCACUGGCCUCGGUCGUCUAUUAUAGGUUGCAUUACCUGAACAAUCUAUUUCCAAAAAAUUCGUCGACAGUCUUUAGUGAGGAAAAGGUACUCCAAUUGAUGGACCUUUGCGAGUCCAAGACCGCGGCGCGACGAAGUUCGAUGAGAAGAUCGCUUCAAACGCUCUUCGAGUCCGAAAUAUCUAACGUGACGGCUCACAUGGCGCAGAGGAGGGUCUCCGACUUGCACCCGAGCGACUGCUUCCUGCAAGAAGUGUGGUCGGCCUGA